AUGCAAUGUACACUUAGAUUCUAGAUCUAGUUGAUUUCAGUUCAGAAUUACUUCUGUGUAGUAUAAAUACUACGGUACAUUCUGUCAAUAUGCUACACAUUUAAAAAGGGGAAACAGCUUUUGUCAUGUCGUCUGCUGGUAUUGUUUGUUUAAUACUUUUGGCGGCCACCUUUUGCCUGGCUCAAAAUGAGAGAAACUGUGUACUGCCUACUGGAGAGAUACUAAGGGAAGGGGAGAUCACGGAUGGUGAUUGUCUACCAUGUUUCUGUUAUCGUGGGAGUCUUGUAUGCGCGACUGUACAGUGUCAGUCUACUCCUUGUGUGGACUACGACAUCUUGCCUGGUGAAUGCUGUCCAAGUUGUCCAAACGGUCCGAACUGCCUUCUCCCUGACGGAGGAAUACUAGCCGCUGGUCAAUCCACCACGCUGAACGACGGUCGUACGUGCACCUGUGUAGCUCAUGGUCACUAUCCGACAGAAUUAGACUGUGGUAGCAGAUCCUGGCAUGGUUAGACACCGGAAACUGGCAAAGGAUAACCAUUCAGACUCGCAUUCAAUUAUUUUAAGUGAUCGACCAUACUCAGGAAAAUGUUUUUUUUUCUGCAAAUGACAGUUAACUUAUUUAAUAUUAUAAAUAUUUUGAACUGUUCUGAUUGUCAAUCU